UUUAUGAUGAUUUUUUUUUUUAAUUUCCUGCUCCAAAUUAAGGAAAAUCUUCAGUAAUUGCAGUUGAUGGAAAAAACUUCAGGAAGUGAUUUGAAGAUUCCAUGUGAUUUUGCGAUUAUAGAUGAUUUGGAAAGCUAUGGGGUGUUAUAGUCCAAAAUGGAAUAAUCCAAGAUCGAAAAUUAAGGAAUACCUAAGUGGUUUAUUUCAUCCCUAUUUUCAUCGUUCACAUUUGGCUGUGAUGUGCUCUGUGUGUAUAUAUACCACUGGGUACAUACUAUAUCACUGUGUUUGUAUAUAUCAUACACAAAUGAUACAGGUCAAGAAACAUGCUUAAACUCCAAGGAAUGGUAAGAAAGAACAUGACAACAUUAUUUAGGUCAGACUAAACAUCAAGUUUGGUUGAUUAGAAUGUGAGUCUGAUAUUUGUUUAUUUCUAUGUCUUUUUUUAAAAAAAACUGCUUCAGUACAUUCUUCUCCUUGCAGCAGCUAUCAUCCAAGCACAGAGAUAGUUAAUUGUGGUCUGGGCAGUUCCAAAUACCUAAUAAGAUUCGCUUUGUCCAUCAUGUGAUUGGCUCCUCUUUUUAUUAAAUUAUCUAAAAGAGAACUUUCUUCCCCAUCUUGCAUCUUUCUUCCUUCGCCCAUUCUUUACUUAGUUUGGCCCCAGUGUAAAUAACUUUUCCUUCUUGUUUGUCAUCUGGCAGAGGCUGGGAGCUCUGGGCUAGGAGUUUAUUUACAAGGUUCUAUUAUUAUUUUUUCUGUCUUCAUCUUUCUUUUUCUCACGAAAAAUUCUCUUCAUGACUUACUGAAAUGAUUGCGCAGCUCACAACCAGGCAAUUCCCCUUCUUUUUACCAAGCUUGUAUCAUAUUAUCAAGUCAUAAGAUGCCGGGCUAUCUUUCACAAAUGGACAACAGCCCCAUGUCUGCAUUCCCAAGAAAGAUUACAAGGCAUCUGACUUUUCCACUUCUUGCUGUUACACUCCUGUCAUCAUUUGGGUCCUCCAUGCUGUAUGGCUUCAAUCUGGCUGUGGUAAACUCUCCAGCAGUGCACAUCAAAGCCUUCUACAAUGCAACAUGGUACCAACGCUAUGGGGAGGGUCUGGCGCAAGGACCUCUCACCCUCAUGUACUCCCUGACUGUCUCCAUUUUUGCCCUGGGAGGCUUGGUGGGGUCAUUUCCUGUGGGAAUUCUGGUCACCCAAUAUGGGAGGAAUGGCACUUUGAUCCGUAGCAACUUCCUUGUUCUGUUGGCUGGCAUGUUAAUGGGAUUCAGCCGCUACUUGGGAUCCCCUGAAAUGGUCAUUUUGGGGCGCUUCAUCAUAGGGAUUCAUUCUGGCAUCUGUCUUAGUGUGGUGCCCAUGUACCUGGGAGAAAUUGCCCCAAAGAACCUCCGGGGAUUCCUGGGCCUGGUUCCAAGCAUCUUCAUUUGUCUGGGGGUCUUUUCUGCCCAAGUCCUGGGCCUUCCAGAACUUCUGGGGGAGGAUGCCUAUUGGCCUCUUUUCCUCUCUGUAGUGGUGGUUCCUGCUUUUCUGCAGCUCUUGCUACUGAAUUGGUUUCCUGAAAGUCCUCGUUACUUGCUUAUUGAGAAAAAUAAUAUCCAUGGAGCUGUUGAAGCAUUAAGCUUGUUCCUUGGUAAACAUAAUGUGCAGGAUACCAUUGAAGAGAUAGAGGAAGAAAAGCGUUCACUUGCCUCAGUGAAAGCUGUGUCUGUAUGGCAACUGCUCUCAGAUCAUUCUGUGCGAUGGCAAGUACUGUCUGUAGUAGUGAUCAACAUGGGUAUGCAGCUCUCUGGAAUUGAUGCGAUCUGGUUUUAUACAAAUGCUAUAUUUGAGAAUGCUGGCAUUCCUGAUCCUGAUAUCCCUUACACUACCGUGGGCACUGGUGCUAUUGAGGUUAUUGCUGGCUUAAUAGGCUGUUUCACCAUUGAGAAGGUGGGACGUCGUCCUCUCCUCAUAGUUGGCUUCUGUUUUAUGGGCAUCUGUUCUGCUGGCAUCACCCUGUCCCUGGUGCUUCAGCCAAGUGUGUCCUGGAUGCAUUACUUCAGUGUGGCUUUUGUGAUUGGAAUCAUUGCAGGAUUUUGCAUGGGACCAGCUGGCGUCCCAUUUCUGAUGACAGCUGAACUCUUCAAGCAGUCACAUCGGCCAUCAGCUUAUAUUGUGGGUGGGUCCCUCAACUGGCUCUCGAACUUCACUGUCGGCUUUGUGUUUCCCUUCUUGCAGAUGUCAGCUGGUGCUUUCUGCUAUCUGGUCUUCUGCGGUAUCUGCUUUAUAGUUGCACUGUAUGUGUAUUUCAUCAUCCCUGAGACUAAAAAUAAGACAUUUAUGGAAAUCAGCCAACUCUUCACCUCCUCUCGCCCUACCUUCUUAUCUAACUUGCCCGAUUCUUUCAAGAUGAUCAAGUUAAAUGGCUAUGGAGCCCUGGAGAACAGCUCCUUGGAAUUCUCUGGAUCAGGAUCGAAUCUCCCAUGAGGCUCUUCAAUUCAUCUUUAUCUCCCUGAACAGGGGAAGGCAUCUUGAUGAGCUGUCUUCUGUCACUGGCCAAGGGCAGAUGACCUGGCUCCUUGUUUUCCCUCCCCAGUCAAUACAAAAAGAUCUGGUGGAAAAAAAUGGAACAAUAUCUCAUUCCAACCUAGAGAAGUUGCCUCUUAUCACCUCUCAUUUUUAGCAGGUUCUACUUUCUUUUACUUUCAUUUCUUUAUAAAAUAAUUCAUAAUAUUCUCAGGGAACUGCUCAGUGAAAAUGUUUCAGAUGCAAUGGAUAGAAUGCCUAUUUUCUAUAAACCUAACAGCAGAGAUGGAGAACCCAUAACAGGCAGACAGCUGGUCCAGCCAACUAUGAAUGCAUAGUUACACUUUUCAGAUUUCUUUUGUUCAAACAUUGGAAAAUAGAAGGCACCUCUUAUUCCUAUCUAAAACUCCACAAAGUACAAAAAUGCCCUAAGUUGCCAUUUUGAGGGCAAUUUGGGCCACUUCUUGUCAUUUGGGGAAAAUUAAAGAAAAGAAUGUCAGCAAGGAAGAUACUAGACUCCUUUCUACCCUUAAACACACUUAAUUUAAAUUCCCAACAUGAUGAUUUGGGUUAACGUAAGCUAACAAUGGACGCCCGGCAUCUCAGAGAUGUCCUGAUCCCAUUCCCAUCCAUAUUUCCCCUCCAAAAAUAGGGGGGAAACAUGUAUCCAUUCCAUUGCAACAUCAUUGGAUGGCCUUCUGUGCCCAACAACAUAUUAUCCACCCCAUAUUAUCAUGUAGGCGGAUAUGCCAAUCUAUUUCCAGUUUUUAUUUACCAGUUUUUAUUUAUUUACCCCAUAUCGGCACUUGGAAUGGAGCGGAGACUCCAGUCAGAGAUCAACUACAGCAAGGCAUCCAUGUAGUACCAUUGUAAAUAUCGAUAUCAUGACUACUCUGGAAGAGUUAUAGCAGUGUGCUUUUUUUAAAGAGAACACAUACUGCAUGUAGUCAAUGCACAAAUAAGCAAAACAAGCUGUUAAAGACAAAGUAGAAAUAAAAAUAUUUAAAAUAAUGAUUGUUCUCUAACUGUUGUAAGAGGCAAUUUUGUUCUCCCCAUGCAGUGACCAUGGACUGGUGGACCUUCCUCCUUUCCUCCCGUCCUCUCUCCCUUCCAUUAAAAGAAGAGGUGAGAUAUCAGAUAGCAGUCACUUUUUAGUGCUUCACAAUUGGUCAGACCUGACAUUCAAUGAGACAAGUGAGGACACUCAGAAGUUGAUUAUGGUUUCAAAGGAGACGUUAGCAGCUGUGUAGAAGGUGCCAUAAUUAAGUAAGUGUCCAUUUUGCUGCAUGGCAUUUAAAAUCUGCCAAGAUCUUGUGAGGCAUGACUUUCCUUACUAUUGUAUUUUGGCCAAUGACUAGAGGCAAUUGGCUUUAGCAUAAAAUGGCUUGGCAUAAAAUAAAUCCAUAGAAUGGAGAAAUAUAGGUUAUUCUGUUUUCAAAAGAAAUAUGAUAUUGAAUUCACGAUGAUUUAAAAAAUAUCACAGGGUGGGAAAAGAAUGCUAAUAUCUCACAAACCUAACAUUAUCCUUCUCUUUUAAAUUUAAAUAAUUUGGGAAAACCCCAUUUUCAGGAUAAUAUAAAAUUUGCUUGUAAUAUUAGAAUUUGGGAUUUUGGUUUUGGGAGAAAAUUCAGGCAAUACUCUUUCUUGCCACACAAUCUAAAACCUUCAUUGCAUGAGGUGCAAUGAAGACUACCAACAAUUUGGAUAGUUGAAAGAAAAUAUGAAAUUUAUAGAGACCAAAGCUUUCAGACACAACAAGAUAUAUAUCAUUUCUAACCAUGAGGACAUCAAAAUUACAAAACACAUGUCAUGAUAUCAUAAGGCAAACAAGUCCAAUUAGUUUCUACUUCCAUUGUAAUGUUGCCUACAGAUAUAUUUGGGGCAGGUUGUGUUAAUGAUGCUGUGACUCCCUACAGAUGACUUAUACUGCAAUUGCUCUUAAAUAAAGAAAUAUAUACUAAUAAUAGAA